AUGGCGGAGGAACCUGCGGCAGAGAAGCGACGGCUCAAUGAGCAAUGGUUCGCAGGGCGACUCCAAAUAAUGGAUGAUGUGAAAAUGUGCGAUGGUGUGAUUCAGAGGGUGGCACAGAAGUUCAGCUCGUUCAAUGAGCAAAAUCUGCGCAAGACCACUGUGAAGGAUUGGAUGGAAUUGCUUCAAGCAGAGGUGGCUGAUGAAGAGCAGCGAGCAAAGGUAGCCCUGCACUUGAUGAUAUCCAUUCGUGACGAGUUCCAACAAACAGCACCUGUGGUAGACCAGACGAGACAAUUGCUUGACAGUGUCGCAUGGUUGUCACGUGCAGCAGUGCACGAUCCCAACAGAAAUGCAUUUGACAAGUCAAGUGCUUCUACAUCCAGCAGUUUUGCACUGGUCAAGAAGCAGGUCAGGGCAAUCUACGGCGAUAAAUGUGCAUUCUGUGGGGUGGUAGAGAGUACGCAGAGCGGAAGUCAGAGGCGCGAUCUUUCUUGCGCGCAUCUGACCCCCGACAUCGCGAACUUUGACGACGGCUUUGAGACACAGUUGGAUUUGCAGUCGACACGCAAUUACCUGCUGCUUUGUGGAACGAAAGGUGAGCUCGGCACCUGCCAUCAUGGGUUUGACAAGCAUUUGUUGGCCCUCGUUCCCAGCCCUAUCGGAGAGUGGAAAUUGCUACAUUGUUACAAGGAGUGGAAGCUGAAUGCCGAAGGCACUGGUGCACUCCCGCAGUGGUGUCAGCCAGCGUUUCAGGGUUUUACGUCAGGAACAGUUUACAAGAGGGUCCUCGCAAGUCGUCUGCUGAAGUUCUAUGCAGAGAACUCCGAAGCUUGUGACAAACUGGACGGUCUUGCAGAGACCAUCGAGACAGUCAACGACUUGUCGAGAUCAGCAAGUAUACGUGAGGAUGCAAGCCAUCCGUUAUCCCGCACUGCCGGAAGCAAGUUGUCUUCUUCUCCGAGCAUACCGGAGCCGGCUUCCAAGAUGCAGCAGACGGCCUUAAGAGCAAGCUUGGCCCGGUGUUUCACGUGGUGCUACAGUGAAUAG